AUGGAGGGGAGUGCCGACCAGCAUGGCGCAUUACCGCGCAGCUCGACGAGCCCCGCGAUAGCUGUCGAGCCCAAAUCAGGACCACUCAGCGUCUCACAAACUUUUCCCAUUGGCGCAGGGUCGGUCACGUCGGACGUCGCGUCGGGCUCCAGUCCUGGCCAACAAGAUGCGCAGCGGAAUUCUCGUCGUCCACAGCAGAUCGGCGGGCCCGUCGCUCGGAAUUCGACUUAUACGCUGCACGAAACGAGAACAGAGAACAGCGCCAUCGACCCUUUAUCCCAGCAUAUCAUCCAACGGACAAAUACUCAAAAGUCAAUUCCCUUGAAACUCCUUGGGCGGGCUUCAUACGAGGCCGAGGCCGGUAGCUCCGACUUGAACCUGUCAGAGGCCAGCACCGCUCGGGGAGACGCAGCGUCAAACUCAAACCUCCCCAAAGAAAAGAAAAAGGGCGUCUCUUUUCUAAGCCGCCUUAUAGGCACCAGAAAGAAGGACCAGCUGUCUGAGGCGGAAGAUGAAAUUUCAGAACCAGAUGCCAGCCGCAUGUCCGUCGAUACUUCUAAUCCGAUAGGAUUUAUUCCACGACAUCCAGCGCCUGCGAGAUAUCUCAGAACUCGCGUGCAUUAUAAAAAAGACAAAGUCUUUGACAAAGUAUUCCUAGCGCAGGAAUUACUAGACGGUGCACGCCCCCCGCCCCGAGCCGCCGAUCGAAGAAGGUCCACCUCGGCCAGCACUCCAAAUGACGAAGGAACUGGAAAUGCGAUUUGGGCUCUGGCGUUCUCCAGGGAUGGCAAGUUUCUUGCUGCAGCUGGUCAGGACAAAAUAGUCAGAGUAUGGGCGGUGAUUUCUACCCCAGACGAGCGCGCGAACGCCACGCAGGGGUCCGAGGAGACACCGACAGCUGAUCAGCCACCACGGCUAAAGGCGCCUGUCUUUCACCCUAAACCGGUUCAAGCCUUUGAAGGACACACGGGUAGUAUUUUGGAUUUGAGCUGGAGUAAAAACAAUUUUCUCCUCUCUUCGUCGAUGGACAAAACUGUUCGAUUGUGGCAUGCCAGUCGGAGUGAAUGUCUCUGUUGCUUUCAGCAUAGCGACUUUGUCACGUCAAUUCAAUUUCAUCCUCGCGACGAUAGGUUCUUCCUCGCUGGUUCGCUCGAUACGAAACUACGUCUUUGGAGCAUCCCCGAUAAGAAUGUCGCUUUCGUCACCACCGUGCCCGAUAUGAUCACCGCGGUAUGCUUUACACCUGACGGACGGUAUUCCAUGGCCGGGUGUCUGAAUGGAUUGCUCAAUAUAUACGAUACCGAGGGUUUGAAAGUCUCGGGCCAGAUCCACGUUCGGUCUGCUCGUGGUCGCAACUCAAAGGGGAAUAAGAUCACUGGGAUCGACACCAUGACACUUCCGGCUGACGAUCCCAAUGGCGAUAUCAAAUUGCUGGUCACCAGCAACGAUUCCCGCAUCCGCAUGUACGACUUCCGUGAGCGAGCGCUGGAGGCCAAAUUCCGCGGAAACGAAAAUACGUGUAGCCAGAUCCGCGCGACAUUUACUGACAACGGCAAGCAUGUCAUCUGUGGAAGCGAGGAUCGCAGAGCAUAUGUCUGGCCCAUAGGCACUGUCGAGCGAGACACAGAUAAACGAGCUGUGGAGGUAUUUGAAACGCAAUCUGCCAUAGUGACGGUGGCAAUCACCGCGCCAACAAAGACCAAGCAGGUGUUAGGGCUGUCCGAAGAUCCGAUCUACGAUAUCUGCAAUCCACCCCCGGUAGCUCUUAUGAGCACCGAAGAAUCAUCAAAGCAGGAAAGCCCAGCGCGAGACCAGGAGAACAAACACAAUCGAUCUUCCUCCGCACCGCGGCUAUCCAUCGUCAGCAAAAUGGCCUACGAAUCACCGUCCUACAUCUCCCGCUCCAAACAUGCAGCCGGGAACAUCAUCGUCAUCGCCGACUACUCCGGCAAGAUCAAGGUCCUCCGGCAAGACUGUGCAUACCACAAACGCCGCUACGAGAACUGGGACGCCAAUUCAACAAUCUCACGACGAAUCCUACGACGCUCCAACUCCGCCCGGAACAGCAUCGCAUCGUCCACCGGCAAGGAAUCCUCCCACAAGACUCCCUCCGAACGUAUCAUAUCCUGGCGCAACUCCGUCGUCCGCCACGGCCGUACCAGCACAGAAGGAUCCCGCUCCGGCCUACGCACACGUACUCCAUCCCCACAGCGCCGCUCAGCUACCUUCCGCCUCUCCUCAUCUCGACCCUCCAGUCUGGGUCCAAACGAGUCUCUCUCUGUAAUAACAACGUCCCCACCGCCCUCCCCACGCCCCUCCCACGAACAUCCAACUCCAACAAACGGCCGCGGCCCAUCAGGCUCUCACCCCGCCAAACCAGACCCACGAAACCUCCCCGCCUCCUCAGCCGACCUCAUCACCAGCGGCAAAGCCAAAGACAACCCCCUCUGGCUGCAGGGCGACCACAGCUACGCCUACUGGAACAAAAUCACGCACGACGCGCUGGCCAUGAAAUCGCGCAAAUCGGACAAUCUGCUCAGUCCUAAUAGCAUCCCGUCCGGCAUCGAGCGGAAGGUGAGUAUUGCGCCGAGUGCGUUGAGUAGUGAUUAUGGUUCCUCGGCGGGGGAGGAGGAUAUUAUGCGAUGUAGGAAUUGUCGGGGGACAAAUUUUCGGGGCGUGAAGGGGAGGGAUGGGAGUCAGAGGUUGAUUUGUGUGAAUUGUAAUCGGGCUAUUGAGUGA